AGGCUUUCUACGAAUAUUAUAUAUAUAGUUUCAACAUGAAAUCAUUGCUUCCCUCAAAGUUCACCACCUUCCCAACAUUGAUGAUGAUGAUGAUGAUGAUGAAGGUGCUUUCACUGUUGGUACUGCUCUUCUCCAAUCUCUGUUUCCCUGUUUUCAACAUGGCUACAGCUUCAAAUAUUGAAUCUCAAGGGAGGGCUCUUCUUCAGUGGAAGGAGACCCUUGAAACACAAGAACUCCUUGACACCUGGACAUCAAAAACAAGUCCAUGCAACUGGACUGGAAUCACUUGCAGAUAUAAUGGGCAUCUCAUGGAAACCAUCACCAGGGUCCAACUGGAAGAGUUGGGACUAGAAGGGAAGCUGGAGACUCUCAACUUCUCAGCUCUACCAUCACUCAGAGUUCUCAACCUCAUUGGCAACCAUAUACAUGGAUCCAUCCCUGCAAGCAUUUCAGCUCUCUCCAAGCUCACCAUCCUUCGUCUCACCACCAACAAUCUCACAGGCGUCAUCCCAUCAGAGCUUGGUAAUUUAACAAGACUCAACACCCUGUUGCUAGCUGAGAAUCAGAUAAGUGGCUCCAUACCUCCUUCUUUUGGAAAGCUUUUGAACCUGAAUAGGUUAGCCAUCUACUUAAAUUUCUUAGUUGGUUCCAUCCCUCCAGAGCUUGGAAACUUGACCAAACUCAAUUUCUUAUACCUAUGGAGAAAUAACCUCAUUGGUUAUAUUCCUUGUCCGAUUGGGAAUCUGGUGAAUUUGAAAGGGUUUGAUAUAUCUGACAACCACAUAACCGGUCCUAUCCCACAUGGCAUUGCAAACCUGACCAAACUUGAAACCUUUUACCUAUUUAAUAAUAACAUAAAUGGCUCUAUUCCUAAUGAAAUUGGGAAUUUAGUGAAUUUGAGAGAUUUCUCCAUAUUUAAAAACCAAAUAACUGGUUCCAUCCCACAUAGCAUUGGAACCUUGACCAAGCUUGAAACUUUUUAUCUAUAUGACAAUAACAUAAAUGGUUCAAUUCCUUGUGAGAUCGGGAAUCUAGUGAGUUUGAGAGAUUAUGAUACAUCUAGCAAUCAGAUAACUGGUCCCAUCCCACAUAGCAUUGGAACCUUGACCAAGCUUGAAUUUUUUUACCUAUAUAACAAUCGCAUAAAUGGCUCCAUUCCUUAUGAGAUAGGGAAUCUAGUGAAUUUGAGAGAGUUUGAUACAUAUGGCAAUCAGAUAACCGGUCCCAUCCCACAUAGCAUUGGAACCUUGACCAAGCUUGAAGUUUUUUACUUAUAUAACAAUAGCAUAAAUGGCUCCAUUCCUAAUGAGAUUGGGAAUCUAGUGAACUUGAGAGAUUUUGAAAUAUCUCAUAACCAAAUAACUGGUCUCAUUCCUCCUUCUCUUGGAAGUUUGAAAAGUCUUACAUAUUUAUAUUUAAACAACAAUCAUCUCUCAGGCAUAUUGCCUAAUAAAAUGGCCAAUCUUACAAAUUUAAUUGAUCUUGCAUUGUUCAACAAUAAUCUCUUUGGUAAUCUACCACCAGAUUUGGCCAAAGGCGGUUUGCUUCAGUAUCUUGGUUUGGGCCAAAAUAAUUUCCAAGGACCCAUUCCGAUAAGUUUGAAAAAUUCAACAAAAUUAGUUAGGGUCCGACUUGAUGGAAACCACUUUACCGGAGAUGUCUCUCAAAGCUUUGGUGCUCAUCCACAUUUGGAUUAUAUUGAUCUAAGCUUUAACAAAUUGUCCGGCAAUUUAUCACCAUCUUGGGGAGCAUGCCCUAACUUGACAAGCCUUAAAAUAUCAAGCAAUAGAAUCAGCGGACAAAUACCAUGGGAAAUCAUUCAUUUACCCAAGCUGCAGUUACUCGACAUCUCUUCCAAUAAUUUGGUGGGAAAGAUUCCAAGGGAGUUUGAUAAAUUAUCUUACAUAUUUUACUUGAACAUGAGCAACAAUCAUCUCACAGGAACAAUACCACCAGAAUUGGGGGAUCUAUCUUUAUUAGAAAUUCUAGAUCUGUCAAGCAACAAUCUAAGAGGAGAAAUACCAAUACGGUUGGAGGAUUGCAUUAAAUUGAACUCACUCAUGUUGAGUCAUAAUCAACUUAGUGGAGUGAUCCCUUUUCAACUUGGGAAUUUGAACUUGCAUGACAUUCUAGACUUGAGCCACAAUUUAUUCAUAGGAGAAAUGCCACAACAAUUAAGCAAGUUAAUGGAGUUGCGAGAGUUGAACUUAUCACACAAUAAAUUGGUUGGUCCAAUUCCGUCUUCUUUUCAAUCAAUGACAAGCUUAAUAUCAUUGGAUUUAUCUUAUAAUUAUCUGGAAGGUCUGGUUCCAGAGAGCCAUUUCUUUCAAGCAGCUCCCCUUCAGUGGUUUAUCCACAAUAAAGGUUUAUGUGGCCAAGUGCAUGGUUUACCUCCAUGUCAUCAAUCUUGGUUAGCAAGUAAAGGUGAUGAAGAGAAACAACAUAAAAUUAUUAUCUUAAUUGUUCCUUUGGUAUGUGGCAUUUUACUUAUCUUAUUUUUGAUAAUUGGAAUAUGCGCAUUGUUUUAUUGUAAGAAAAAAAGAUCCAUUGUGAAUGACACAAGUGAAGAAUUUGAUGGACAUUUCUUCUCCAUUUGGAGAGUUAGUCAUGGCAAGGAAGCAUAUAAAGAGAUCAUUAGAGCAACAGAAAAUUUUGAUGAAAAGUAUCAGAUUGGUACCGGAGCUUGUAGUAUAGUCUAUAAAGCCACACUAUCAUCAGGGUUGACACUUGCUAUCAAGAAAAUUCAAGAAGAAAAAGAAGAAGUCCAAAUGAAUGAGGAAGCUUUCCGAAAUGAAAUACAAGCAUUAAUUGAAAUCCGGCAUCGGAAUAUUGUGAGGUUUUAUGGUUUUUGCUCUACAAAUAAAUUCAACUUUCUUGCAUAUGAGUAUAUGGAGAGAGGAAGCCUGGGCACUAAUCUAAGAUCUGAACAGGGAGCAAUGGAGUUGGAUUGGAUCAAGAGAGUCAGCAUUGUACGAGACAUUGCUCAAGCUUUAUCUUACUUGCAUCAUGAUUGUAAUCCAUCUAUUGUUCAUCGAGAUAUAACGAGCAACAACAUUCUUUUGGAUGAAGAGUACAAGGCUUGUGUUGCGGACUUUGGUAUUUCUCGAUUGUUAAAACCUAAUUCUUCACAUUGGAGUUUGCUUGCAGGCACAUAUGGGUACAUGGCACCAGAGCUUGCCUAUGUAAUGAGAGUCACCGAAAAAUGUGAUGUAUAUAGUUUUGGAGUUGUAGCUUUUGAAAUCAUACAUGGAACACAUCCUGGGGAUCUCCUAAGCAAUUUAUCAUUGAGUAUGCUAGUGAAAGAUAUGCUAGAUUCACGUCUUCCCCUUCAUAUUACUGAUCAAGUGACCACAAACCAAGUGCUUUUGGUGAUUUUGAUAGCAAUGCAGUGUAUCAACAUUGUUCCAGAGGCUCGCCCUACAAUGCAACAAGUAUCUCAAAGGUUGUCUUCUCCAAAGUCUUUGCUGGCAUGUGACAACUAUUCUUUUCAAGCACUUACACUUGGUCACCUCAUAAACAUUGUACAAGUGCAUAUUGAUGAUCGAGCCCAAGAAUAAUGGGAACUUAGCUCAUAUUACUAAGCGUCCCAAACAUGGAUGUUGAAUCUCUGUGCUUCACCUUACCAAUGAAAGGCACAAUCCUAGUUACUCAAGAGAGCUAGGGUGAUCUAAUCUUGAGUUUUCAAAGCAGUCCACUUUUGUGUUUGUUUGUCUUGGUCCUCCUUAUCUUUAACUCUGAAGAAGUAUGUUGUUUCUUAAAGUUUAACUUUUCAUUGGACAUAUUUUCUAUCAAAGGUAACCUUCUUACGAAUAAUGCAAAC